AUGGACCAAGAAAAUAAAUCAGGAGUGACUGAAUUUGAAUUACACAGUCUUUCAGGUUCUCGAGAGCUACAGCUUUUCUAUUUUGCAUUUUUUACACUUUUCUAUUUAUCCAUUGUGCUGAGGAACCUCCUCAUUGUGCUCAUGGUCAUCUCUGAACCUGCCCUACAUACACCCAUGUACUUUCUACUUGGUAACCUCUCCUUCACUGAUGUGUGUCUGUCCACCUUUGCCACCCCCAAAAUGAUUGCUGAUUCUGUGGAAUGUAAGAUCAUCUCUUUUGAGGGCUGCAUAGCCCAGAUAUUCUUCCUGCACGUCUUUGGUGGUGCUGAGAUGAUGCUCCUUGUGGCCAUGGCGUACGAUAGAUAUGUAGCCAUCUGUCGCCCCCUGCAUUAUGUGACCAUUAUGAGUGUGCGCAAGCGCACAAGCCUCGUGGCGGGCUCCUGGCUCACUGGGGUUCUGCGCUCAGUAAGUCAGUUGGUCUUCACAGUAAACCCUCCAUUCUGUGGACCAAACAAAGUGGACAGUUUUUUCUGUGACCUUCCCCUGGUUAUCAAACUUGCCUGCACAGACACCUUUACUGUUGAGGUCCUAAUGCUUUCAGACAGUGGGCUAAUGGCCAUGAGCUCCUUUGUGCUCUUGCUGGUCUCCUACACGGUCACCCUGGUCACCGUGCGACACCACUCCUCGGCAGGCAUGGCCAAGGCCAGGGCCACCCUGACUGCCCACGUCACUGUGGCGACCCUCUUCUUCGGGCCCUGCAUCUUCAUUUAUGCCUGGCCUUUUAACAACCUCCCAGUGGAUAAUGUUCUGUCAGUAUUUUAUACUGUUUUUAUCCCUCUUUUAAAUCCCUUGAUCUACACCUUAAGAAAUAAGGAGGUAACAUCAGCAGUGCGAAAACUAAGGCACCGACGAGUGAGUUCCUAA